UGGUUGCUCUUUGCUCUUUGCUCUCUGCUCUUUGCUCUUUGCCUCUUUCUCGCAGAAGAGACAACGCGGCUAGUGCGGACAAGAGAUCUUCGUCUGGCCAUCGCACCUUCGGACGGUCAAGUGGUACCGCGGACCGGCGGUCGGACAGUCGGGCCCGACGCGUCUCGAGAGCGUGUGUGUGUGUUAUCGGCCGUCCACAUCAGCCCAGGCCCGGUUUGGGGCAGAAGCGCAGCAACAGGCUUGUCCAAGCGGAUGGAUGGCCCCCCUUCCCGCCCACUUCUUGCGACACUUGACAGACUAAUUGGCCAGUUUGUCCGUUGCGCUGCUGCCGGACGAGUGGAUUUCGCGUUGCUGCCUUUCGGACAACACUUUCGCUUGCGCCACCUCCACUUCGGCUUUGGCGAUUGCGCUGCUCGUCGUCAAGUGUGCGCCCUUGAAGCCCUUCCUGAUCCGUCCUAG